AAAACCAAUCCCAGUCACAUGAAUCCCAAAGCCGGCCAUAGAAAUCAAUCAAACCAUAUAGACCUAGAGAGAGAGAGAGAGAGAGAGAGAGAGAGAUCAUGAAAGGCAAACAUUGGGAGGGAAAGGAUCAUCACGCAAACACCCUGUUUGCCAACAUGCGUCAAAACCCUAAUUUCCAGCACCACAACCACCACCAACCACCACAACAUCAACCUCUCAAUCCCCACCAUCACCACCACCUCAAUCUCCACCACUUCCAAGCCUCCAAAGAACAAGAAGAACAAACCGACACCCACACCACCACCACAACAACUACCAAAGACCCACCAACCGCCGCCGCCAGCGAUGGCGCCACAAUCGAAAUCCCCCGCCGCCCCCGCGGCCGCCCGCCCGGCUCCAAAAACAAACCCAAACCACCCCUCAUCAUAACCUGCCUCCAACCCGAACCGAACGCCAUGAACCCUUACAUCCUCGAAGUCCCCACCGGCCUGGACCUAAUCCACUCCAUCACUCAAUUCUCCAAGAAACGCAACACGGCAAUCCGCGUCCUCUCGGCCACCGGCGCCGUCUCCAACGUCACCCUCCGUCAGCCCGCCGUCGUCUCCGCCGCCGUCACCUUCCACGGCCGCUUCGACUUGCUCUCCCUGUCCGCCACCGUUUUCCCCUCGCCGCCGCCGACGUCGUUUUCACGGGGUAAUAUUCACGAGUUCUGUAUCACGUUGGGGGGCCCGGGAGGGCAGGUGGUCGGGGGGACGGUGGUGGGGCCUUUGUACGCGGCGGCGACGGUUUAUGUGGUUGCGGCGUCGUUUAAUAACCCGUCGUUUCACCGGCUACCGGUGGAAGAGGAGGAGGGGGAAUUGAAGAGUUGUGGGGAUGGGGAGGAUAAUGAGGGGAGGUCGUCGCCGCCGGUGGGGCACGGCGGCAGAGACGGUGGUCAUGCGGUGGCUGCGGCGGCGGGGGAAAGUUGUGGUGCGGUGUCGUUUUAUGGCGGGGGUCAGUUGGGUUCGGAUCAGGUGAUAUGGGCACCUGCUGCUAGAGUACCACUACCUCCGCCUCCACCUCCCUACUGAUUGAAUAUUUCUCUCUCCUUAAGUUGAUUGAAUAUUUCUCUCUCUUAAUUUUCUAGUGUUUAAGCCCUUCGAUGAUCAAGUUGUUUUGGUUUAAUUAGGUUUGUUUCUUCUAACUUCAACAGCAAUUCAUGUAAAAUGCACCACAAAACCCUAGAGGUUUGCCCGAUCGAGUGGGCAUGAUACAGCAACUAAAGGGUUUGCUCUUCAAACCUGCAAAAUCGAAUUUGACGGAAGCUGUACGAAGCAAGCCUCAGCACCACUGAAAGUUUGCGCGGUAAUUAAUUUCAGGAUCACAAAAUUAGUUGAGAUAUAAGGAAACGAGCUCGCGCGGACUCCCGAUUGUCAGAAGAAAAUGUAAAAUGCUCCCCGAAGUAGUUAGGUUCAUGUUCAUACGGUAGUUUCUCAUCGGAGUUCAAAUCUCUGUAAUUGUUUUCUUCAUACUAAACAUACUCAUUGUGAUCA